AUGGAGAACUGCCUCCAAUCCCCCACUUCGGAUGACAUCUCCCUGCUUCUGGAGUCUCAGUCCAACACGGCUAGUUUUGGUGAGGGGGCAGAGCAGGAUCAGGAGCCACCAUGGCCAUAUCAGGAACUAGUUCCAGUUCUGGUCUAUCAUUCAACACCGAGCCAGACUCCCCUAGCAACUCAGCUGACUGAAGAGCAACAAAUUAGGAUAGCUCAAAGGAUAGGCCUUAUACAACAUCUGCCUAAAGGAGUUUAUGACCCUGGAAGGGAUGGAUCAGAAAAAACGAUCCAGGAAGGUGUUAUCUGUGUGAUGGACUUUGUUCAUGGCGACCCGAUUCAAUUUCUGCCGUGCAUGCACAUGUAUCUCCUGGACUGUAUAGAUGACUGGUUGAUGAGAUCCCUCACGUGCCCCUCUUUCAUGGAGCCAGGUGAUGCUGCCCUGCUUUUGUCCUAG